AUGUCGAACGACGAGCCACCUCGGGGAACUUCUACCACGUCGACGGUACCGCACACUUCCUCCUCCUUCAACCCCUUCGCGAUCGAACUCCCCGAGCGGUUCGACUUCCGCCAUCCCGAGAGUUGGAAACUGUGGAUUGUGAGAUGGGAGCGGUACCGCGUCAUAUCGGGCCUCCAGAGGCAGGAUGCCGACACGCAAAUCAAUACAUUUCUGUACGCCAUGGGAAGCGGAGCGGAGGACGUCCUGGUCUCUCUACGACUCGACGAUGAGGAAGCGAAGGACUACAACAAGCUGAAGUCGCGUUUCGAGAAGCACUUCAUUCCGAGGCGCAACGUCAUUUUCGAACGCGCGCGCUUCAACCAGCGCAGCCAGUCAGAGCAUGAGGCCGUCGAGGAAUUCGUGACGGAUCUACAUCGUCUGGCAGAGAGCUGCGACAUCGGAUCCCUGAAGGACGAACUUAUCCGAGACCGGUUAGUCGUCGGACUCCGGGACAAGAAUUUUAGCGAGAAACUUCAGUUGGACGCUAAUCUGACUUUAGAGAAAGCAGUCAACACGGCUCGCCAGUCGGAAACGGUGAAGGGCGAACAGCCUGUUGUUCGGGGAAACGAUCUGUCUUCCUCGACACCCACGCCUGCGCUUGACGCGGUAACUCAACAUCCCUGCCAGCGAACCAACAACUCUCGACUGACUCGCCGGCCCACCCCUCGUCACUCAGCUGGGCAAAGCGUUCAGCAACGGAGCGCCUGCCGAUGGUGUGGGUCAGCGCAGCCACACGAAAGAGCACAGUGUCCGCAACAAGGGAAGCAGUGCAACCUUUGCCAGAAGCUUGGACAUUUCGCAACGGUCUGCCAGUCGCGCAAGGCCAACGAGCCAGGGAAACAGCCCCGCGCAAAGCGUCCUGGCCCCUCUCGGGGACCAACUCCUAAGACCGUCUUGGAGGAAGUCUUCUUAGGCACGACCAGCAACAAGUCACCCACCAAUGAUCCCUGGUUUAUCACAGCUCGGGUCCAGGAAACCGACAUCCGGUUUGAAGUGGACACAGGCGCGGAUGUGACUGAGAUGACGACCACGGCAUAG